CUCCACCAUCCCCAGCUCUAGAAAAUAUCUAGUUUGUCUCCCUCCCCUUUUUCUCUCACCUCCCUCUCCUAUAACCAUGGCAGAGGAGGAAAAGAGAACAAGCAGCAGCCAGGAGGCUGAAGUGAGGAAAGGACCAUGGACUAUGGAGGAAGACCUCAUCCUUAUUAACUACAUAGCAAGUCAUGGCGAGGGUGUUUGGAAUACACUUGCGAAAUCAGCAGGGUUGAAGCGAACUGGAAAGAGCUGCCGGCUGAGGUGGCUGAACUAUCUGAGGCCGGAUGUGAGAAGGGGGAAUAUUACACCGGAGGAGCAGCUUCUUAUAAUGGAACUCCAUUCUAGGUGGGGAAACAGGUGGUCCAAAAUUGCAAGGCAACUCCCUGGGAGGACCGACAAUGAAAUAAAAAAUUACUGGAGGACGAGGAUCCAAAAGAAGGCUAAGCAAGGCGAUUCAUUCGAGUAUCAGAAUCAAACGAUGACUGAUGAUGCUAGCACAAGCCAUUCCAAUGGAAUGGAAGAGUGCAGCUCGUCUCAACUAAACUAUCAGAUGCAACCUAAUAUGGAUAAUUCUGAUGCUUUCGGAGCGCCAUCAUAUAACACAGAUUCUAGCGAAAGCUUUUGGAACAUCGAUGAGUUUUGGUCUAUGAAUCCUCUUAACGGUGCUGGAGACUAAAUUCGAAUAAAUACAUUGCAUCCUAUUAUCAUCAUCAACGCAUAGGGUGAUUAUAUGAGUAGUAUGGAUGGAAGUUGAGGUAACUGCUGGAUCUCAGUAUGUUAUUACUAGUUUGAGCUUAAUUAUGUAAUAAAUGAAGUCACUCUACUUGGUUUGGUUCAGUGUGAAUAAUGAAGAGCUAUUAGGUUACAGUUUAUAUAGAUUAUGAUCAUUGAAAGUUUUGACAUUCUGUUUGUACAUUUUAACUACAUAUAUUAUUAAGAAGGCUUGUAUUAUAUUUGCAUCA